UUUCAUGACGGGGCUAGUAACAGGUGGAACCACAGGCAAAAAUGCAAGAAGCUUCCCCAUAUGAUUGAAGCUCCAUGUUGUGGCACACUUGUCACCCAGCCUCUUGGACUUCAUGUGAGCAAAUGGCAAAUGCUGAAGUAAGCAUCCCUGUAGGGGAUGUGGUUGUCGUGCCAACUGAAGGAAAUGAAGGGGGAAACCCAGAAGAUACCAAAACCCAGGUGAUACUACAACUACAGCCUGUACAGCAAGGGAUUUAUCAAGAGGGCUCUGAGACCAGUACGGCUGUAGUGGCUGUGGAAACGCACACCAUACAUAAGCUCGAAGAAGACAUAGAUCCCAGCACCAUUGAAACCAAUGAGGAAAUUGAGAUUGCCUACCCCAUCACUUGCGGAGAGAGCAAAGCCAUCCUGCUCUGGAAGAAAUUUGUUUGCCCAGGAAUCAACGUCAAAUGUGUCAAGUUCAAUGACCAACUUAUCAGCCCGAAGCAUUUUGUUCAUCUAGCCGGCAAAUCUACCCUGAAGGACUGGAAGCGAGCUAUUCGCCUGGGAGGAAUCAUGCUGAGAAAGAUGAUGGACUCAGGUCAAAUUGAUUUCUACCAGCAUGACAAGGUUUGCACAAACACCUGUCGCAGCACCAAGUUUGACCUUCUGAUCAGCAGUGCCAGGGCACCGGUACCAGGGCAACAAAGCCUGGUACAGACUCCCACCUCCGCUGACGGAAGCAUCACGCAAAUUGCAGUGUCUGAGGAGAGCGUGGAGGAAGGGAUUGAAUGGAACCCUGCUGUGACAGCUGCAGUCACCAUGGCAACUGAUGAGGGAAUCAAGAAGGACCCAGAGGAGAUUUCAGAGGACACACUGAUGUUCUGGAAAGGAAUUGCUGAUGUGGGAUUGAUGGAGGAAGUUGUCUGCAACAUUCAGAAGGAGAUAGAAGAGGUGCUGAGAGGUGUCCAGCAGAGGCUUGGCCAGUCAGCCUUCCAGAUUACCGAUGCUGCUGUCCUAAAUAAUGUUGCUCAUACUUUUGGCCUGAUGGACACAGUCAAGAGAGUGCUGGACAACAGGAAGAGCCAAACAGAUCAGGGAGAAGAACAAUUCCUCUAUACUCUUGCAGACCUGGACCGCCAGCUGGAGGAGCAAAAGAAGCUUGCCAGGGAUCAGAAGAUAAAAUCUCAGACUGUUCAGAACGUUGUUCUGAUGCCUGUCAGCGCUCCAAAGCCUCCUAAGAGACCCCGACUACAGCGUCCAGCCUCUGCUACAGUCCUGAGCCCUUCAACUCCCAUCCAGCAGCCUCAAUUCACAGUCAUUUCGCCCAUCACCAUUGCGCCCAUGGGGCAGCAGUUCUCUGUAAGCAACAUUCCAAUGGCAACCAUCAGCCAGGGCUCUAGCCCGGUGACUGUCCACACUUUGCCGUCGGGCUCACAGUUUUUCCGGUAUGCCACCGUGGUUUCUUCCUCCAAGACCAGCUCUUCCGACACAGUAACUCUUCACCCGUCUUCUAGCUUAGCCCUGCUGAGCUCGGCAGCCAUGCAGGACAGCGGUGCCCUCGCUAACGUGGCCACCGUCGUGAACCCUGUGGAACUGGUGGCUAUGGAGUCUGGGCUAACUUCAACCAUCCAGGCUGUCGAGGGCACUUCGGAGGACGGACAAACCAUUAUAGAAAUAGACCCGGCCCCUGACCCAGAAGCCGAGGUGGAAGAAUCUGCGGCCAAAGCUGUGAUUCUGGGGACGGAGCUGAGGACUGAGGAGAAGGUGGUGGCUGAGGUUGAUGAACACCAGCACCAGGUCCAUAAUGUAGAGAUUGUGGUCUUGGAGGACUAGUUCGAUAGUAAUGUUGCUUAAUUAUUCAUCUCUGUCUUAUUUGUUUGAUUUUUUUAAAAAAACAGCUUUGAAGGUAAGUUCCCAUGUUUGUUUUUUUAAACACACAUACAUGCACACAUUCAUUUACACAUGGGAGAGAGGAGGCUCCAUCUGUGCAAAACGAACCGUCGCUGAAGGGAGAGAAGAAAGUUCUCCCGUCUAACCCUAUCCAGCCCAGCCAAAGGGAAACAAGCCCCCGCUGUUAUCUAGGUCACACAUUGUAUGACUACAGUCCAUAGACUCAGGUUUGUCUACACCAUGUUUACACUUGGACUGUUUUGUCUUAGAAACGAAUAGCCGAAUACGGGACAUUUAUCCAACUGCUGAAUGAGACAGGCUCCUUAAUUAUUCUUUGGUACUCCACCACCAUAGGAAGGGAAAUUCUGUCUUAACUUAUCAACUAUGCUAGUAUUUUGAUUUUUGGAGAGAGGAAAAAAGCAAGCCAACUAGAUUCAGGAGAUGACAUCUCCAUUACCCACUCACGGUGGUUUUUGUUGUGUGUGGUUUUUUUUAUAAAAUUGUCAUUUGUUUUCACCUUCCAGCAACUCAAGUCCUCCAGUUGUUAUUGCCCAUUUGUGGCUUCUAGAAGUGGGUCCUCAGCUCUUCUUUUUCAAACCUUCCCCAGUGGUUUUCUUUUCCAUAGGGGCUGUUAAAAGACUUCUAAGCAUGGCUUAAGCCGUGCAGGUGCGUGCGCACACACAGGCAAAGAAACAAAAAGAAUCGGACACAGCAUCCAAGAGCUACCUUCCCUUUCAGUGUAGCAUAGACAUCCUGGAUGUAUCAAGCACGGGUUGUGCUGUUGCAUGCUGGGAGAACUGGACACGGCAGGCUGGGCAUACCCGCUGUUUACUCUGCACGCUGGGAACUGUACCAAGCUUACUAGCUCAAUAUAUAUAUAUAUUUAUAUAUGUUUGGUGUUUAUAACUUUUUGAAAAAUUGGUCUCCAGGAUUCCAGCCAGCACAUCACUUCAGCAAUGUGAGUGCCUGGUCUCACUUCCAGUUGGGCUGGAGGUUUUUGAUUUUUCUUCAAAGGAAGAGGAAGGAGUGAAGAAGGGAUUCCCCCUACCAUUCAUUUCUUUAAAUUUGGAGUGAGAAGGCUUGGAGGGAAAUAUGCUUGGCUAAAAUAUUUGAAAGAUUUUGGGACAAGGGUAGAGUGCCAUUUUGUUUUUGCAUUAAAAGCUUAAACAGAAACAAAGAAAUAAAUGCAUUGUUCAUUAUAUUUACAUUGUGUUCCUCCUCCUCUCCCUUUUAUCCUGUCACCAACCCUGUGAGAUAGGUUAGCCUGAGAGAGUGCAACUGGC